GUGGAUUUAAUCCACUACCAAGUGAAACAGAGACAAAAGAAUGGCUUUGUCUCAACUGCCAGAUGCACAGAGCCUCUGGAGCACUGGGGUCUGAAAUUGACUCUGUCGUUAAACCACAGGAUUCAACAAGCAAGACUUUCAUAUCGUAUCCAUCUAAACAGAAUGAGAUUACAACAUUUACCCAAAAGGAAAAUAGUACUGAAAAAGAAAACACCCAAGGUUUAGCUAAGCAGCAGCAGCAGUCUGUUGGGAAGGCACUAAAAGGAAUGCAACCUACAACGCCAGAAGAUGAGGAUCAUUCUUCUAAACAAAAAGCAGUGGAAACACCACAAAACCCCACGAUAUCUGGAGAAUUUCCUACUAAAUCUGCACCACCACCCCCAACUCCAAAACAGGACUGUGGUGCUCCUAAUGCAAAACCCUCUGCCUCAAAGUCUGAUGAGACUGUUUCUAAGAAAAUGGUAGAUCUUGGAUCACCACUAACUACUCCUAAGAUGUCAACCACAGCUGUGGAUAUUAAACAGAUUACACCUUCAGUUUCUCCUAAGAUAGCCCGUAUGAAGGACAAACCCGAUGUUGCUAAGAAACCAGUUCCACCUACCUUGGCCCAACUUACUGCAUUUCCAGAGAUAAAAGCAGUGGAAUCCUUAUCAGAGUCUGUUAGUACAGUUACAGAGGUAAAACAAGGUGCUUCCGAAACUGGUUUGUCCGUCUGUCCACUCUGCAAGGUCGAACUCAACAACAGUCCACCCAACUUCAGUACCUGCACCGAAUGCAAAUGUUCUGUGUGCAACCUCUGCGGAUUUGUUCCUGUGCCUCGCGCAGCAGCGGUAAGAGUAGUGAACAUUUCCUUUGUCUUUUUUCCCCCUGCAAUAUAUUGCAUGCGAUAUACUGCAUGACAUGCAAUGU